CAGGCCGGAAGCCAAUGGUGAGGCUUGAAAUGUCCGCCUGGGAGACGCGGGGGGCAGGGUUGGAGGGCCAGUAUUGACUGGGCACCUGGGCUGGCCGCUCAGAGACACGAGGGAACACAGCCAGGGCCUGGACACACAGGAGGCAUGGUCUUCUCAGUACUCACAUCCCUGUGGGCCAGAGAGAUGCCAAGGGAUAACUCCGAGAAUGAUGAACGGAGAUGUUAAUUAACACGAAUAAUAAAUGGGUACAACUUCAUGCUCAAAACGAUUGCUAUAAAUCAGGACGUAGAUGGAUUGCCAUUUGAUUGAACGGUCAUGAACUGAAGCCCGAUUCAAGACUGAUUGAAAAUAGAAAAGCCCAGCCUGCCAGCUUAAUGAAAUGCUGUCACAGAGGGGAGGGGCUGGGCCCAGCCCCAGUGGACCCAGGGUGAUGCUUUCAGUGACGUCAUUCACUCCAUCUGGUGUCCGGAGAGGCCUUUGGCCUGGACUCCACCAUCUAGUCCAUGGGACCAGGUCCAAGCUGUCCAGGCCGGUGGGUCAGGCGGGCCUGGCUCACAGGGGUCUGGCCUGCUCAGAGGGAAGCUGGUCAAAGCAGGGCUGAGUCGGGGGCCCCCAUCUAGGCCUCUGGCCUGGGGCACAGCCGAGGCCAGAGCAGCAGGAGGACUACAUUUCCCAGAGUCCCCCAAACCCCGGGAGCGAGCCGUUGGAAGAUUUAAAUAGCCCAGGCCCGAGGCAGCCAGGCUGCAGCUGUGGACGCGUCCACCUCCUGGGUGGCUCCAUUGGCGCUGGCCCGCACUGGGGGGCUCGAUUGGCUGCCCAGCUGGCACUGACGUUCCCUGGGAGCCUGGUGGCAGCCGGAGGUAAGCAGCCACGUGCAGUCCCGCUCUCUAUAUUUAACAGCUGCCGCAGAGCAGGAGGGGAGGCCGGGAGCAACGGAGGCUCCAGGCUUCUGUCUUUGGAGAGAAGGGCCUCACAGCCAGGCUGGCACCGGCCCUCGCUGGGUGACUGUCACCAUGCCUGCCUCCCAGAGCCGGGCCCGGGCCCGGGACCGCAACAAUGUCCUCAACCGGGCCGAGUUCCUGUCCCUGAACCAGCCCCCGAAGGGGGCGCCGGAGCCCCGCAGCUCGGGCAGGAAGGCCUCGGGCCCCUCGGCACAGCCCUCGUGCCCUGGCGAUGGGGCCCGCGAGCGGCGCCAGUCUCAGCAGCUGCCCGAGGAGGACUGCAUGCAGCUGAACCCCUCCUUCAAGGGCAUCGCCUUCAACUCCCUGCUGGCCAUUGACAUCUGCAUGUCCAAGCGCCUGGGGGUGUGCGCCGGCCGGGCUGCGUCCUGGGCCAGCGCCCGCUCCAUGGUCAAGCUCAUUGGCAUCACAGGCCACGGCAUCCCCUGGAUCGGGGGUACCAUCCUCUGCCUGGUGAAAAGCAGCACGCUGGCCGGCCAGGAGGUGCUCAUGAACCUACUUCUGGCCCUGCUCCUGGACAUCAUGACGGUGGCUGGCGUGCAGAAGCUCAUCAAGCGACGCGGCCCGUUUGAGACGAGCCCCGGCCUCCUGGACUACCUCACCAUGGAUGUCUACGCCUUCCCCGCCGGACACGCCAGCCGCGCGGCCAUGGUCUCCAAGUUCUUCCUCAGCCACCUGGUGCUGGCGGUGCCCCUGCGCGUCUUGCUGGUGCUCUGGGCCCUCUGCGUGGGCCUGUCUCGGGUCAUGAUCGGCCGCCACCACAUCACCGACGUCCUCUCCGGCUUCGUCAUCGGCUACUUCCAGUUCCGCCUGGUCGAGCUGGUCUGGAUGUCCUCCAACACCUGUCAGAUGCUCAUCUCCGCCUGGUGAGCCGUUCAUCUGCGGCUCCGGGGCCGGGGGUGGCCCGAGGGGCAGCAGGAGGACAUAGGGCUGGCAGGGGAGGGGGGACCAGGCAGCCCCAGCCCAUCUCCCCGUGGGCCGGUGGAGGCUGGUGACCUCAGGUGGGCCCACCAGUGACUGGCACGUCCCUCCCAUCACGCUGGGUGCCCCCUGCUCCUUCAGUCAGACCCUGAGUCCCUCUGUGGACGGGCUGGGGCCCAGCCGUGCGGAUAGCCCUGCCCCGCUUCUGCUCUGGAGGUACCAGGUGAGAACCGGGAUGGCGGGAGAGGGGCCGAGUCUCAUCUUGUCCUUUCACCAUCACGACUGUUGAGUUCCUGGCUGUGCCCACCUGACCACAGCACACCGCCCAGCGAAAUGCCCACAACCCACCACCCAGCACAGGUGCCAUUGCCAUUAAUGGUCAUCGAUAGCUUAGGGCAGUGCUUUCCAAAGGGUGCCCCACCAGACACCAGCCUGCAAGACACGUUGGGAAGAGAAAUGGUCUUGUGGUCAAAUAACUUUGGGAAAUGCUACACACUCUGUUGGACAUUCACGAGGGCUGGGAUUGUCGUAAAGGCAAAAGUCCUGUAGAAGAGCUUCCGUGGAAUCUUGUUUAAUCCAUGUUUCCUAAACUUAUCUGACUACAGAACCCUUUUCUCAAGGAACAGCUAUUAACCCCCCCCAGGGAACCGCAUUUCCCCAGACGCAUUUUGGGAGAUGCAGCCCAGGAGCGGAAGGGCCUGAGGCGUGAGCUGGCCUCUCCCAGCGCUGGGCCCCAGAGCCCCGGGAGGCCAGGUGUCUGUGCCACCGCCUGUGGAAAGCCCAGGGCCCACGGGCAUCGGUGCCGCUUUGGCCCCCAGGGGCCGGACUCCGUGUGACCUAAUAGGUCGUUUCCAAGUCAGCCGUUCUGGACGUGCACUUCAUGUGACAAUACAGAUGUGCAAACAGGC